AUGACAAAACCAAAUUUAAAAAAUACAGAUAAUGACCGUAAGAUGACACUACAAGUUACAUGUUCCAAAUGUAAGCGCAAGGUUGACCCAAAAAAUACAAUGUUAUGCUCGCUAUGCAGGAAUAACUUUGAAUUUGAUUGCGUCGGAUACUCUGAGAGACUAUACCGCUUAAAAGAUGCAGCAGCUAAAAGUAAAUGGAAGUGCAAAGACUGUAGCCAAAAAUCAAAAGGGACUUCGACACCUUACUCCUCUUUAUCCCACGUAACCACAAGGAAAUAUAAAAUAGCUAAGAAAUCCUACGAAAGCCCUUCUACUUCUAGUGCAAUUUUUAUGGCAACUGAGACGGAACCUUCAGACAUGGCACCUGCAAGUGUGUCAGUACAUCUGGACGAUUCACAAACAAUGCAGACAAGCAUUGCUCAACUGAAUGCCUCACCAAUAAAUCAAAUAGACGACUCACAAGCACUAACUUUAUCCCACGAUUCCAACGAACCUGACGACUCACAUGUGCUGACUACCUCCCACGAUCUGAGUGAGCUUGUGGUUUCCUUUCGUAAACCACUUUCAAAAAGUUUGGACCAAACUAUAACCGACUCUAUUGCAAUACAGGAAAUGAAGGACACAAUGAACCGACUCCGAACGGAAUAUAACAUACUACAGAAUGAAUUCGAUAACAUAACAUUAGAAAAUAACAAUCUCCGACAGAAAAUAAUCAAAUUGACAAAGGAAAAUAAGACGUUGACAGCCAUAUGCCAAUCUUCACAUAACGUUAGCCAAACAAGCCAGAGCUCCGAAAAACGAAAUAGACGAUCCAAACUACAGUCAGUAUUAUCUUCUUCUCUCACUUCUCACUCUCACACUGGGUUUUGUUUCUAUGGCAUAUAA